GGGACGGCGGGCCGAGGAGCGCCUUGUCCGCCGCUGCUUCCUCCCGCCCCGCUGCCGCCCGUCAUGCUGCGGCUCCUGCUCCCGCUGGCCGGCUUGGCGGCGCUCCUUCGGGCCGCGAAUAUACCCCAGAGAAGUUUUGGGAUUGAUUAUGAUUGCAACUGCUUUGUCAAGGAUGGGAGACCUUUCCGUUACAUCUCGGGUAGCAUUCACUACUCACGGAUUCCCCGGUAUUACUGGAAAGACCGCCUGUUGAAGAUAAAGAUGGCAGGGCUUGACGCUAUUCAAACGUACGUGCCAUGGAACUAUCAUGAACCCCAACGGGGCGUAUAUGAUUUCUCUGGUGACAGAGAUCUAGAGUAUUUCCUGCAGCUUGCUAAUGAAACUGGCUUGCUGGUGAUUCUGAGAGCUGGACCUUACAUCUGUGCAGAAUGGGACAUGGGAGGCUUGCCUGCAUGGCUGCUGGAGAAGGAAUCUAUUGUUCUCAGGUCUUCUGAUUCAGAUUACCUGGCAGCUGUUGAGAAAUGGAUGAGUGUCCUUUUGCCGAAGAUGAAGCCUCACCUCUAUCAAAAUGGAGGUCCAAUCAUCAUGGUGCAGGUAGAGAAUGAGUAUGGAAGCUACUUUGCUUGCGACUAUGACUAUCUACGUUCCCUUCAGAAGAUCUUCCGCCAGCAUCUUGGGGAUGAGGUUGUGCUAUUCACAACUGAUGGUGCAAGCAAGCUGUACUUGAGAUGUGGAGCUCUUCAGGGUUUUUAUGCAACAGUAGACUUUGCUCCAGGUGGCAAUGUCACAGCAGCAUUCUUAGUUCAAAGAGGCAGUGAACCUGCAGGUCCUUUGGUUAAUUCUGAGUUUUAUACUGGAUGGUUGGAUCACUGGGGACACCAUCAUUCUGUUGUGCCCACACAAACCAUAGCUAAAACCCUUAAUGAAAUCCUGGCACAUGGUGCUAACGUUAACCUAUACAUGUUUAUAGGUGGGACUAAUUUUGCCUAUUGGAAUGGUGCUAAUAUGCCCUAUAUGCCACAGCCCACCAGUUAUGACUAUGAUGCUCCACUGAGUGAAGCAGGGGAUCUCACAGAAAAAUAUUUUGCCUUGCGGGAAGUCAUUGGUAUGUAUAACCAGUUACCAGAAGGCAUUAUCCCUCCAACAACACCCAAAUUUGCUUAUGGGAAGAUUCGCUUGCAAAAGGUGGGUACUGUGUUGGAGGUUCUUGACAAACUGUCACCUGCUGGACCAGUAAAAAGCACUUACCCUGUAACCUUUGUUCAGGUAAAGCAGUAUUUUGGGUUUGUAUUGUACAGAACUACACUUCCAAAAAACUGUACAGAGCCAACACAACUCUCUUCACCUUUAAAUGGAGUUCAUGAUCGUGCCUAUGUCUCUGUGGAUGGGGUUCCUCAGGGUGUCCUUGAAAGGGAUGGAUCACUUGUGAUAAAUAUAACUGGGAAGGCUGGAGCAAAUCUGGACAUCUUGGUAGAGAAUAUGGGCCGAGUCAACUUCGGUCGAUACAAUAAUGACUUUAAGGGUCUAGUUUCAAAUUUAACUCUUGGUCAAGAUAUACUUGUAGAAUGGGAAAUCUAUCCUCUAGAUGUAGAUGGAGCAGUGAACCGUGACAUUAAUGAUCACCCUGAGCAACCACAGAGAUCUGUGGGUAAUCCAUCAAGUUAUGAAGCACCCACGUUUUACACUGGUAGACUUUCAGUUCCUGGUGAGAUUCCAGAUUUGCCUCAAGACACCUACGUCAAGUUUCCUGGCUGGACAAAGGGACAAAUUUGGAUCAAUGGCUUUAAUCUUGGUCGCUACUGGCCAGCCCGUGGGCCUCAGUUAACGCUUUUUGUUCCAAGCAAUAUCCUGGUUUCCUCGGUGCCAAACAAUAUAACAGUGUUGGAGCUGGAGAAUUCUCCUUGUAGCACCCGGAUGUGCGAGAUAGAAUUUGUAGACAGACCUGAUAUCAAUGCAACCACGCAGUAUGCAAGUGAUGCCCCUCUGCUCUUUGUGAGAGACACAUGGCUGAACCAUCUAUAAUGAUUUUAAUAUUUCCUUUUAAUAUUUUCUUAUCUUCUUCAACUUUGCUUCCCUUUUCCUCAAACUAUACUUCCCUUUCUUUCUUUUUUUUUUUUUUUUUGAAAGAGUCGGUGUUAAUUGGUAAGUUGUUUAGCUGAGGCAAGUUUUUAAAUUCAUAACAGUUCCAUUUUUGAUAUUUUUAAACUAGCAAGAGUUAAAUACAAAAAUUAUCUUAAAAAAAAAUGUAGCAUUAAAGUUGACCUUGGAAUGUGAAACUGAACCCAGCUGAAAGAUAGUAUUGGUGUCAAGGUCUGGUAAAAACAUAGCCCUGGAGACUGUGUUACAAGGACCCUCUCACACUUUUUAUUUACCCUUUUUUACAACUGGAGAAAAGUGUAUGAAGAUGUGCACAGUCCUGGUUGCUGUUUGCUGAUGUGUGCAGCAGAGGAGCUGCUACUUCAGAGUUGCCUAUAGACUGUUGAUGUUUUCAGCCAACUUCUAAUACCUGGUUAGCUUCAGUACUGUUUCAGUCUGCACUGACUUGCUGCCAGUAUUGAGUGGAUCUUGUCCCCUUUUCACUGUAACCAUUGAAAAUUUGAGUUAGUUUCUUAUGAAGACAGGAAUGGAGGGAAAGAGCACUCAAAUGCAAGCUAGUCUAAACAGCAGCAAUGUGGAUAUUGGACCUUGUGAUCCCAAUUCUGCAGCUGUUCUUGAUAUGAUGCUGGGUGAUGCUCACAUUUCUGAGCCAUUUUACAGCUUCCCUUCUGUUAUUUCUGAAGACUUAAGAAUCAAUUAAUAAGUGCAAGGACAUAGGUGAAAUGUGGACUCUCUUGGUUGGACCAUAGACUCCGAUUAACUUGCCUACUGAAUAAAGUCUUAAAAUGAACCACUUUUAAAUUGUCCUUCUAACUGAUUUUUCAUUUGUUUGCUUUAAUAGUGGACUGAACACCAGUUUUUCACAGGCCAGAGCUUUGGAGGCUGAAAGUUUUAAGUCAAAGCAUUUAAUUCUUUAUUAGUUACUAGUUGACAUUUUAUGUUUUGUUCUAGUAAAUUAAUGAUCUUUGUAAGCACCUGAUAUUUGCAAAGAUGCAGAAUCACUGCUGAGAAAGCUGGCUUUCUGUAUCAGUCUGAAUCUUUUUUUUUUGUUUUGAUUCUCAUGGUUGUAGAGUCAGUCAUGCAAACUUGUUGGUGAGAUUUAAAGGAAAAAAAUUGAGAUGAUGAAAUUAAAUGUUUUCAUAAUUUGUCAA